AUGCCCUUUGAAGCAAGCCUGUGUGUUUGUCUGCCUGGAUUUGAAGGAGAUGGCUACACCUGCAUUAAAACCAAUCCCUGCCUCCAACCUCAGAGAGGAGGCUGCGACGUCAAUGUUCUUCGACCUCCUCUAUCUGAUUUCCCUCCACCGCCUCCCAGUUUGAUGAAGCUCCUGAACGACACGCCAGAAUUCAGCCUUUUCAGGCAGACAGCGGUGCUCUACAACUUGGAAAACCGUAUCCCAACUAGAGAUUACACCAUUUUUGUCCCACAUGACAGUGCCAUACAGGAGUACCUGAAAAAAACAAACUCGACACAACUGAGCCAAGACAUCGUAAAAUAUCACGUAAUUCUAGGCGAGCAACUCUUUCCUGAACACUUGGGCAAUGGACUUUUUAAAAAUACGUUUUUGGGAAAUGGCUCUCAGAUCAUGUUUUUUGUGGACACUGAUAAUCAGACAAUGGCCAAUGACGUUCCCAUAAAUGGAAGCUUCAUUGAGACGAGGCAUGGCACAGUGUUCAGGAUCCCACGUGUCUUAGACCUCCACAAGAACCACUGCAGUAAAGAUGUGAUUUUAAAAAUUUCUGGUCGCUGUGGAGAUUGUAACGCUGAACCAAAAUGCCUUUAUAAUGCCAAACCUCUACAACCAAAGUUCCCUCAAAAUAUGAAGUCAAAUUGCAAAUACAGGACAAGAGUUGGAAAAAAGAGAGUGAGUGUGCCGGGCUGUCACAUGGAAUGUUUGAGAACAACUAAGGACCAUUCUUGCUGUCCAGGAUACUUUGGGCAUGAUUGCUCCAAAUGUCCUGGGACUGUGGAUAACUGGUGCUCCAACAAUGGUCAAUGCAAGGAUGGGCUGUUUGGCAGUGGGGAGUGUCUCUGUAAUGAGGGCUUCCACGGAACGGCCUGCGAGAUGUGUGAACCUGGGCGAUAUGGAAAAGACUGCAAGUCUGGUUCAGGAGGGACGGAUGAGGGUUAA